ACUCAGGCAGAGCCGCCGCGUGCCCCGUGGUGUGAGUAGUUGUGUUUACGUCGACGGUGGGCUGUCGCGCGGGCUGUCUCGCGGGCGGUGGCAGCACUUCUGGGGUGUCUUUGUAGCGCCGCCCACUGACAGAACAAACUGACUGAAGAGGAGGACGAACUCACCGUCCCAGAAGACCUUUUCAUUUUUUUUAACUACACACCGACACCUGACAGGAGACUGGGCAUGACGGUGCGAGCCAAGCAGAGGGUGUAGCCACAUCUGGCAGAAAGGGCUGAAGCGAGCAGGAGCCUCUGCACACCAGACCAUCGCGCCGCAGCGAGGACGAUGGGGAAGCCGGAGGAGGAGAAUGUGGCGAAGCUGUUCGAGAACUUCAUUCAGGCCUCGACCUGCAAAGGAGCUCUCCAGGCUUUUAACGUCCUCUGCAGACGCCUGGACCUCGACCCUGCAGACCAUGACACUUUCUACAGCAGCCUGAAGGCGAAGGUCUCCUGCUGGAAGGCCAAUGCACUUUGGAGCAAGUUGGACAAGAGGAUGUCCCAUAAGGAGUACAAGAAGGGUCAAGCCUGUGUGAACACCAAGUGCCUCAUCAUCGGAGGAGGUCCAUGUGGCUUACGGACCGCCAUUGAGUUGGCGUUAAUGGGUGCCAAAGUUGUGGUGCUGGAGAAGAGGGACUCCUUCUCCAGAAACAACGUGCUUCAUCUUUGGCCCUUUACUAUUCAUGACCUGAGGGGCCUCGGGGCCAAGAAGUUUCACGGGAAAUUCUGUGCUGGAGCCAUAGACCACAUCAGCAUUCAGCAGCUGCAACUGAUUCUUCUGAAAGUUGCCCUCAUCGUUGCAGUUGAAUUUCACAUCAAUGUGGAAUUUGUCAAACUGUUGGAACCACCAGAAGAUCAGACGAAUGAAGGCGUUGGGUGGAGAGCUGCAAUUCGACCUGCUGAUCACCCCGUGGCUAACUUUGACUUUGAUGUUGUGGUCGGGGCCGACGGGCGCAAAAAUUCACUGGAAGGUUUCAAAAGGAAAGUGCUCAGAGGAAAACUGGCAAUUGCCAUUACAGCAAACUUCAUCAACAAUAACACCACCGCAGAAGCCAGAGUGGAGGAGAUCAGCGGCGUGGCUUUUAUCUUCAACCAGAAGUUUUUUCUUGAUCUUAAAGAGAAGACAGGUAUCGAUCUGGAGAACAUUGUGUACUAUAAGGACAACACACAUUACUUUGUCAUGACUGCCAAGAAACAAAGCCUGCUGGAGAAGGGAGUUCUCAUAAAUGAUUAUGUUGAGACUGAGAUGCUGCUCAGCAGUCAAAACGUCAACCAGGAGGCUCUUCUGAGCUACGCCACAGAGGCUGCUGAUUUUGGCACCCACUACCAGCUUCCUACGCUCAAGUUCGCCGAGAACCACUGUGGGCAGCCGGACGUAGCAAUGUUUGACUUCACAAACAUGUAUGCCUCUGAGAACGCUGCUCUGGUCAGGGAAAGACACGGACACCAGCUGCUGGUGGCUCUUGUUGGCGACAGUCUACUUGAGCCCUUUUGGCCAAUGGGAACAGGGUGUGCUCGCGGCUUCCUGAGUGGAUUUGAUACAGCCUGGAUGGUAAAGAGCUGGGCUGAGGGCCGAUCAGUUCUGGAAGUUUUAGCAGAAAGGGAAAGUAUUUAUCGAUUGCUCCCCCAAACAACUCCGGAAAACAUUGCAAAAAACUUUGACCUUUACACCAUAGAUCCCAGUAGUCGAUACAUCAACCUAAAUUCUACAUGUGUACGGCCUAAUCAGGUGCACCACCUGUACAUCACUGGAGAGCUCUAUCACUGCUCUUUGGAGCGGGCGGUCACCAUACGACGGCCUAUUAAUCAGAAAAAAGAUUGGGAGAUCAGACCAUCCAGACUUCUUACCUGGUGCAAGAAGCAGACGGAGUGUUACAGGAGUGUGUCCAUCAAGGACCUCUCAUCGUCCUGGGAAAGCGGCCUCGCCCUCUGUGCUCUCAUCCACAGAUUUAAGCCACAGCUGAUAGAUUUUGACUCACUAAAUGAGGAGGAUCACAGGGCAAACCUGCAGCUAGCGCUUGACAUCAGCGAACAGGAGUUUGGGAUCCAGCCGUUCACGUCUACGGAGGAGCAGAGCACCAAUGAGGAGUUGGAUAAGUCGAGGGUAACCGCGUUCUUAUCCAAGUUCUACGAGCUGUUUCGUGGAUCACCUCUACCUGCUUCAGAGACCAGAAGUCUGGAUGAAAACAAAGAAUUCAAUCCCUCAAAGGAAGUCAGGUGUGAUGACGAUGCAUCCAGUUUUCUCUCUCACAGAAAACGCAUACCAAAGGAUGAAAAGAAGACUGACAGUACAAACUUCAUUUACAAAAGGAGGCGGACGCUCUGUCCUAAGGAGGUCACCAAUUUAUCUGAUAACACUUAUGUUCAAGACAAGCAGAACUUAAAAGAAAACAAAGUGGGAACACUUUCUACUCAGUUGCUGGCUAAGUUUGAGAGUAAGAGCAGCUACAGCGUCCCCAAAACGCAGUUGGAUCUCUGUGAGAAGUUCUUGCUGUUCUCUGAUCAUGACUUCUUUGAGAGUCUUCCUGUUAAAACCAGGCCUCCGGUCCCUCCUAAGCCCUCAUCCGUGACACAGUUUGAAAUCAGUCUCAGAAAAGCAGCUGAACAGUUAGUUUCCCCAAAGGCUCCGCCCAAACCUGGCCUGCACCCCCGGCAUCCAUUUACAGACCUGAAGCUCAGACACGUUGAUCAGGCUUUUACAGAGAUGAAGCCUCAGCCCGAGACUCCAGAGCCCCCCGCUCCUGUCCCAUCCCUCCAUUCAGGAAUCUGUUUCAUGAGAAGAAUCCUCCACCGCCUCCGGGAGGUGGAUGAACAUGUCUCUGAGAAAAGAGCUCAGACACAAAAGGUUAGAGAGUUUCACUCAAAGAGCAUAAAGGAGAAAGCUGUUCAUCUUAGAGGACUUUUCUCAGAGGACAGUUGUGAUGUACUAAAGGGAGCUUCAGUACGGAGAGUAUUUUCUCAAUCGGCUGAAAAAUGUCACUCCUGCGAAAAGCGUGUUUACAUGAUCGAGAGGGUCCGCGCCGAGGGACUGUGCUUCCACAGGGAGUGUUUUCGCUGUUCCAUCUGCAGCUCGGCUCUGCCCCAGGGAUUGCAUGUGUUCAACCCUGACGAUGGGAAAUUAUACUGCAAGCUUCACUUUGAUCAGCAAAACAAUGGAGCACACCUAAAAAGGACGUUCUCUCUCCCUUCUAAUCAGUUUGGAGGUGAGGAGCGAAGCGGCGCUGCUGAAGAAGAAUCGGCGUGCAGCAGCACGGCGGACCUGCAGAGUCGACCUGCAGCAGGUACCUGCAGCUUGUUCACCAGGAAACAGCUGAGCUGGCCUUUGAGUGUGACCCGCGCGGUGUGCAGAGCCCCCUCGUAUCUGUCCUGCUGCGUGCGCAGAGCAGCACAGGCCGUCGCUGGCCACCUGAGGGACAAUGCCAAUGACUACAUGGUGCUGUUUGAGCUGCUGAGCUUGAGCCUGCCCCUGCUGUUCGUUCUACAAGAGGUACUGCUGCAGAUGCACACAGAGGCCGUGACGGAUGGGCCCAGCUUUUUACAGCCGGCUCUGUUUUGGCUGCAGGAGCAGGUCGGGCUGAUUUAAUGUGCUGCUGUUAAAAUCCAAAUCUAAAUAUUAGUCCGGUUUACUGCCAUCUUUAAGAGGGCUAAAUCAACUUUUUGAUGAUGUGGAUAAAAUGCUCGCCUGUCCGCUUGUUGGAUGUAACUUUAAAAAUGAACAGAAAAACAAUUUCCACCUCACUUAUCCACACGUUAAUGAACACAUCAGUCACAAUGUAGAGUUUACCAAAGAAGUCUUUCACUGACUGCAAAUUAAACUGCCAAACUAAUUCAUUUCAAAGUGCUGCUUCACACUUGGAAUCCUUUUUAAUUUAACUUAAAAGAGUUUACAUCUUUUAUUUUUUAUCUUUUUUUUUUACCAUCGAUGGCCACAUUUAAUAGUUUUGUGCUGGAUUUUGCGUAAAAGCUGGACAGUGAUUUUAGCUCAUUAAAAACGUUAAAGAACAAACACCCAACAGUCCAAUAAUAAAUUCAAACUGCUGAGAAGUCUCAUCUUGGGUUGCUGUGUGUUUCUUCUAAAACUGCCAUAGCAUGCUGUAACAAUGCUUUAUUUUGAAAUGGCUAAAUGAUGCACUUUGUAUGCUUUUCCUUACAAAGCAGUGAACUCUGGCAUCGGACAAAAACUCUGUUUAAGAGGCCAGAUGUUUUCUUUAUUUUUUUGCAAAUGUGACUCUUCUGUAUGUUUUUAUGUUUGUUUCUUUUAAAGAUAUGUGAACUAUUUGUUCAUUGUUUUUUGUUAAUCACAGUAUAAAAUGUUUGAAACAUUUUAUCCCUCUUGAAAAACCAAAGAACAUCUGAUCUGAAAGCUGCAGCGUUUAGCUGGAAUGUGCUGCCAUCUACUGUUUAGAAUUCUCUUUUUCUUUUACCUUUAACGACAAUUGCACAAUAUUUCAACCAGAACCCUCUCAUCUUUUUGAAUGUCGCUUUUUUUUCUUAAUAAAAAUGUAUUUUAUGUUUGCAUUAA